UUUCUCCCUCUCUCUCUGUGUCUAGAGGAUAGUUUGGACUGUCUCCAGGAUGUCUCAGUAUUCAGGGAAGAUAGUGUUCUAUGAGGGGAAGUGUUUCACAGGCAGAAAGUUGGAGGUGUUUGGAGAAUGUGAUAACUUCCAAGACCGCGGCCUGCUGAACAGGGUCAACUCCAUCCGUGUGGAGAGUGGAGCCUGGGUCUGCUUUGACCACCCAGACUUCAAAGGUCAGCAGUACAUGCUGGAGAGAGGAGAGUACCCAGAGUUCCAGCGCUGGAACGCCCUCAACGAUCACAUGGGCUCCUGCAAGCCAAUCAAAAUGCAUGGAGAACACUACAGAAUACAGUUGUAUGAUGGUCCAGACUUUACCGGUCAGUGUGUGGAGCUGUGUGAGGACUGUCCCUUCCUCCAGAGCACCGGCCUCAGCAAGACCUGCGUCAACUCCAUUAAGGUCUAUGGAGAUGGAGCCUGGGUGCUGUACGAGGAGCCGAACUACCGCGGGCGCAUGUACAUCGUGGAGAGAGGAAGCUUCUGCAGCCACAUGGAAUGGCAGGCUGAAAACCCCAACAUCCAGUCCAUCCGCAGAGUGGCCAACUACUUCUAA